AUCAGGACUCACAACGAAGGAGGAGAAACAAGAACCAUUUUCCAGACCUUAGUUUGUUUCAAUUGGCAAUGAAAACUUUGAAGCGGCUUUCAUAAAUGAAAACUUAAUGGAAGAAAUGACUUAAGGAUCCCUGUCCUUGAAGCUGAGAUUAGAAAAUACAUCACCCAAAGUAACAUUAGGUUUCAAACAGACUGGAGUCUAAGCUAGCAGCCAGCAUGCUCACUUACCCCACAAGGACCAUGCCCUUGUUCUCUUUUGCAGACUCUAAAUUCUUUUACUUCCUCCUAAAUCUCUGUUUCUGCCUAACAGGGUGGAUACAUGCUCUGACAGCAGGAAACUGCCCGAGCUCCAAGUGGAACGCCAUGUGUCGCCCAUGUUGUGAGUACCAUCUCAUUCAGUGUUGGUGUCCCUCCAAUGGGUUGCGAGUGGGCUACACCGUUCCCUGCUGCCGCGGUGCUCUGGAUCAGUGUGACCCCUGCAUCAUUCACCCAGGCUGCAGCCUGUUUGAGAACUGUAAAAGCUGUCUCAAUGGAACGUGGAGAGCAAAUGACGACUUCUUUGUCAAUGGAAAGUAUUGUACUGAGUGCCGUCAAGGCUGGAGUGGAGGGGAUUGUAAGACAUGUGGAGGCAUCAUUCAGCGAGCUCAGGGUCAUGUAGUCCUGGAGAGUUACCCAACAAACGCCCGAUGUGAAUGGAUCGUGCAAGUGAAGGAGGACAGCAUCAUCGAGCUAAGGUUCUCUGCACUCAGUUUGGAGUCUGACUUCAACUGUCGUUAUGACUAUGUUGAAGUGCGUGAUGGCGACGACUUGAGGGCCCCUGUGAUUGGACGGUUUUGUGGGGAUCAGCUGCCUCUUCCAAUCAAAAGUUCCAGAAAUGUCUUGCACAUUCUGUUUACUUCUGAUGGCUACAAUAGCUUUGAUGGAUUUGUUUUUAUAUUUCAAGAGAGUUCAGGCCACACAAGCCCAGUCCAGUGUUCCCCUCCCCCUAAACUGCUCCAUGGACACUACAGACCCGCUGCUGUUACAUUUGAAGGUGCAGAGACUGUUGAGUUUUUCUGUAAAAAACCCUACCUUCUGAUUGGAAAUCAUCAGAGUACCUGCCUUUCUGAUGGAUCCUGGAGUGGAAGGCCACCAAAGUGUGUGAGAGUCUGUCAAGAACCCAAAGUGUUUGGACUUGUGCGGCAAAGUGUUGUGAAACCACAUCUAUUGACAAGAGAGAUUUCAGACCAAAAACUCUCACCUAGAUACAACAUGCGCGACCUGUUGUCAGCUGGCUUUAUUCCGCUCACGUUCAGCAGACAGUCGAAAGAAGGGAGAGAUGACAGUGCUUUGGAGAAGAUGCCUCAAGGCUUUCACCAGCUCUACACUAGCAUUGAGUACACAUGUGCCUCGCCUCUCUAUCGCCACAUGGGAAGCUCGAGGCGCACCUGUCUGAAGACUGGCAGGUGGAGUGAGAGCCAUGUUUCCUGUUCACCAGUUUGUGGCAAAUUAAACACUUUUAGCAGGCACAACCUCUCAGACACUCAGUGGCCAUGGCACGCCGCCAUUUAUAUCCGCUUACCUCCUGAACAUACUACGAUCAGCCAAGCCGGCGGGACCGUGCUGGACCAGCAGGGGGCCUCAGAGGAGUCUACAUUCUGGUCCCUGGCUUGCAGUGGGGCUCUGGUUGCCCAGCGUAGAGUCCUGGUUGCAGCUCAGUGUGUAUUAGACAAGGACAAGCAGCAGGCCCUCCAUCCUGCUCAUGUGAAGGUUGUCAUAGGGAUGAAAUCGUUCAGAGAUCGGCCAAAGAACCUGCACCACCUCCGGGUCGCAGACAUUUUGUUCCAUCCAGAUUUUUAUUCUGCUCCAGACGUUGAUGUGGCAAUGCUCAAGCUGCAGGACAAGGCCAAGAUCAGUGAGCAUGUGCUGCCAGUGUGUCUACCAAAAAUCCAAGGAGGAGAGGUAACAGUGCAGGAGGCUUACACCGUGAAGUGGAUUCCACCAAACAACAGCAGGCACCUGAGCCGUCAUGAAACAUUGAGCCAGACAAAAGCAGUUGAGCUGAGCGAUGUUUCUCAUUGUGAAAGAGAGUUUGCUCAAGGAGGAGCACAUGCCACACUGAUUGGUGACAACUCACUCUGUGUCAUUAGCAAGCCAUCCAGUCCUCCAAGCCUGUGUCCCAGUCUUAUUCCAGGCAUCACAAUAGUGCCACCUGUAUUUUCCUUCACAGACCAGGGAGUCCUCACGGAUCAUGAGAAGAGCCAUAGAGUCUCUACCACAGGCUGGCAGCUGCUUGGUUUGGAGAGCUUCAUCUAUGAGAAAAACUGUCACCAACAGAGUUACACAGUUCAGACUAAAAUAGCAAACUUUCGAGAUUGGAUAGAGAAAAACAUUGAGUAGAUAUUUCCACAAUAAGUAAAUAAGAUUUUUUGUAUGCAUAGACACAUCAUGUGAUCAUGUUAACUGUUUUACUGUGUGCAUAAUGUUGUUUGUACAAUGCAAGAAAAUCUUCCAUGUUAAAAAAUAAU